GGUCUAUCAGUGUCUUGCGCAGUAUCAGCAGCAGUCAACUACUAGCAGUAUCUGAAGAAAGACAAUAACUACAUCAACAAAGCAGACAGCAGAGAUGACACUCAAUCUCGAGACAAAGGCCACCUUCCCCUUUACUACCGGCAGGAGUGGCGAGAACGACAUCAAGUGGCGUGAAUGGGACUUUACUCUCAGAGCCUACUUAGCAGCAAGAGAGAUGGAUGUGAAAGUCUAUCUACCUACUAAGGAUGAGGACGUCCCGCCGAUGAAGAUAGCGGUGCCACAGAUGGAUGGCAAUAAUCAGCCCGUGGUGAACCAGCAGGGACAGCCAAUCCUGAUUGAGCAGGAGAGCUCCAACGCCAAGAACCUCCGAUGGCUGUUCGGCUUCCUCGCCCUGCAGACAGCAGACAAGGCCAAGCGACUGAUUCAAGAAGCAUACCAGAAGCACGGCGAGAAUGGUGCAUGGGCGUAUCUAGAACUGCGGAAGCGGUUCAUACCUGAUCGUAUCGUAUGCAAGCACGAGCUCUUGCAGCGAUUCUUCAGCUGGAAGAUGAUCAAGGACGAUCUCGACGACGCCCUUGGCGACUUCAGCUAUCUCGUCAGCCGCCUUCAUGAAGUCGGAUCAACAGUGCCAGACGAGACGAUGAUCGCCGUCAUGCUAUCGGCAUUGCCUGAGAGAUUCGACAUGUUCAAGGCAACCAUGGCGCAUGAGUCAGCAUCCCGCGCGUAUCGUGGAGAAGCACUGACGUGGCCGCAAUUUGAAGAAGCUCUUCGUAACGCGAAUGACCGCAUGAAACAGCUGCGAAGAGAGCAACGAGACCGUCAACAUCAGCAGAGGGGCCGUCCAUCCGGAAGACAACAUGACCGUCAAGACCAGCGUAGUCAGCAUGAU